UGACCUUCCUCUGAACCUGUCCUGUGUGUCGGACUAUGGUGGAGUGGUCGAACCCUCCCAGAUAUUUUGUGGAUAUGACGGCAGCAACUAUCAGAACUCCACCCAGCUGGUGAUGACGUUCGUGAUAAAGGACCCCCGGGCGUCUCCUGUUUCUACUGUGUGGGUGAACGGAAUUCGAAGGUUCAUCCAGACGUGGCAAAACGCCAACAAGGAAGUGAAGAUCACCACCUUCUCUGAACCCCCUAAUUAGGUCGUCAUUGAUGUCCAGAGGAGACGAACGGUUUUCCCAUCGGUCAUUCAGAUGUUCCAGCAGUCUCUGCACAUGAUGGAGAACACCAGUUUCCAGAACGACCUUAAGACUUUCCUUCGUGACUACGACGAUCGUCACGCCCUACAGGUUCUGCCCGCCAUCUUGUGUCUUGCUGUUCUGAUGGUGCUAGGCUUGUUGGGGAACUCGCUUGUCUGUUACGUGUACAUUGCAAAGUUCAAACCAAGCCCCACCAAUAGAUAUAUAAUAGCCCUGGCAAUAUUUGACCUUAUCAACUGUGGCAUAUGCAUACCUCAUGAAAUAGCUGACUUGAGAUAUAGAUACACAUUAGCACGAUACGGCUUGUACAAGAUCAAGGGAGUAAUCGUAACAUUUGUAUCUUAUGUGUCUACAUCCAUUCUCCUAGCUGUAGCAGUGGACAGGUACAGGAGAAUUUGCCGACCUUUUCAAAGACAGGCAACAUGGUUAGAUGCUAAAGUCACAAUCGCUGUGUGCUCAGUCAUGUCUUUGAUUGUCGCCUUACCGGCUGCUAUUAUCUACGGUGUAAAGACAGUGACCACAAACAACAUCCACAUCAAUGGUUCAGAUUGUUCGAUAUCAGACGACUACAGUGGGACGCCAUAUCCAAGCAUCUAUAAUGGUGCUCAGUUCUUCAUUUUCGUGGCUGCUACACUAUGCCUUCUUGUCCUCUACAGCCUAAUAUGGAGGCAGGUUGCUAGACGUAGGACAUUCUUCAACAAGAACAGAACCAGGCAGAACCCAGAGCAGCAGUUACACAAAUCUAUUGUGUCCUUUACUGUCCAGUCUAAUGCUCCUGAAAACACGUGUGCAGCGUCAGAAUCGAGCCCACCAACUGACGAACACCUUCGUCAAGGAGAGUCUGAAACAGAUGAAGGAAUGUGUUCCUCGAAAAGUACCUCUACCGCCUUGGAACCACCAGAAGAUGUCCAUGUUGCUAGCACGCUAAGUACACAUUCAUCGUCAGGAAACAACAAGAGGUCACACAAGACACUGUUUAUGUUGUUUCUGAUCACCCUUGUAUUUGUACUGAGCUUUCUUCCUUAUCUAUGUUUAAUGGUGGCCAAAACAGCCUCUAAGGAAACGUUUGCAGGCAUUCAAGGAGCUGGGGCAGUGCUGUACAGUUUGUUCCUGAGGUCGUAUUUCAUCAAUGGUGUCGUCAAUCCGAUCAUAUACGGCUUUUGUAAUCUGUAUUUCCGACGGGAAGUUAGACUCCUGUGGAGAAAGGUUACAUGUGAUGCCACAGGUACGGUAUCUGAGGGCUCGUCACGCUAAAGAUCAGGGUUCCAUUCAACUCAUGGGUAUACUGUGUGAAGCCCAUUUCGGGGGUCUUCCGCAGUGAUAUUACUAGAAUAUUACUAAAAGCAUCGUAAAAACAUACUCACUCUAAGUAUCCGAAGAUGCGGAAUAUGUGAUUGUCGCAGUACACUGAUUGUACAUUAGAAAAAUAUAGUUGUUACCGUUUCUUGAAUAUCUAUCCAAACCAAUAUCAUAACAGAACCUCAUGGGUUAUGGAGACCAAUGGAUCUGUUGCCGAGACUGCUGAAAAGGUCAUUUGACCUCAGGAUACACUAUCUACUGGAGAUGAUCCAUGUUACAAUACGUGCUGCCAGUGAAUCAGUUUUGCCAGUGAAUCAGAAUUUUCUCUCCUACAACCUGCAUUUUUUAUCUUGAAACUCUAACUGAUGUACAAACUGCCUCAAUCUCAUUUGCAAACAAGCCUGGGACACAUUUCAGCCUUUUGGUAUGUUGUUGUAAGUCUAACUCUUACACAUGCUGAAUGCAAGCAAGUCAAUUUCUUUUUCAUGUGAGUGAAAAACUUUAUAUAAUGGAACUUAAUUAAGCACCCCCAUGUUUUAGAACAGUGAUAUGAACAGAAAAGUGUCAGAAUGUUCAUGCUUCUAGAACAAUAAAGCCUGAUUGUUUGGUGGAAGAUUGGAUAAUGACUACAGACAAACCUGCAAAAUGUAGGCAAUGUGUUAAUCUGUAGGUCCUGUGCGUAAAAAUGUCAACGCAGUUGAUUUUGUGGAACAGCCGAUCAUAGAAAACAAACUAUCCUGGGAUGACACGUGAUGAGAUAGUGUCGGAUCCCGCGAUCUGUAUAGGACCCUUGAAGUCUACUGAGGUCUUUGACAUCAGUAUAUCGUGUAUCCGCCACGUGCCUGGAUGUCAGCCUCCACAACAGGUUGAAUUAUUACUCAGCACAUGGUAAUGCUCUCAAACGACCAUCCGGAACAUGAAGCAGGAACUUUCUUUCACCGGACGAGUGACUUCGUAUCCAGAUCCCAAGAUUCCAGCGCCGUCGAGCACAACAUCCUCCUAGACGUUGCCUUUGAUGUUCAUGAGUCAGAGUUGGACGUCUGAUGAUCCUUGGGGACCUCAAAGCAAGAACCUUGAGACAAUUACGCACUGUCUUGGUUGAUUUGUUUGUUUGUUGUUUUACGCCGCACUCAGCACUAUUCCAGCUUUAUAGCUGCGGUCUGUAAAUAAUGGAAUCUGGACCAGACAAUCCAG